AUGCUGUCUCUUGCAGCUCGAAGUUGUGCCACAUACAUACCUAAUAAAUUAAUAUUAUCUAGCAUUAACACAUCUAACGAUCUACUAAUGCUUACAGCAAUGCCCAAGAAACAUCUAGGUUCACCAGAUCACCCCAGUUUUGAACUCCCAUCUUUGCCGCCAUGGAGAACACCCAGGAUCAAGAUCUUACACCAUACGCCCUCCAGGGCGCCGUCAUUGCUGGAUGAUAGAGAUAUCUUCGAGACGCCACAUGAACCCAAACGCCAAUCCUUCGACGAUUCCGCCAAGAAAUCGAGGAAUCCGGAUAUAUAUGACUACACGCCAUUCAAUGACAAGGGUCUGCUCGCUGCGGGCAAAGUGGAUCAGUUACUAAGGUCAGAAAGCGCGACCCAUUGUUUAGUUUUCCACAAGGACAAACACAAAGCUUCGGAUCAACCUUUUAGGCCUGAUCUUGAUCUUUGGUGCUGUGAUAGCUCCGAAGAUGAACAAGAGGGUGGUAGCAUUAGUGGCUCGGCAGAAUCGCCGGCCAGCAACAACAAUAAAAUCCCAGCUUUGCCGCCCGUUGAGCGACCCAACGUACGUAGACCGCACCACAACGCCAUUUCCGAAAAAAAUGCCCUGAGAGAAUUCUGGGACGACUCGAAAAUGGUCGACGUCUUGGACAGACACCAGGUUAACGACAUAUACACGGUCCUACGGCAGGAAAGAGAGCUGGUAAGUAAGUGCGAGCGAUUGAUCCAGCACGACGAACAUUCACCGCCUCCCGAUGAGACUGACCUGUAUCGCUGGCUGCGCAGAUACUGUCAAAAUGUGUGGAAUAAAGAGUCGUGGAUGUCAAAGCCCCAGGACCACCGCGAGGAUAUGGCAGCUGUUGCAGGUCGAGCUAGCCACGAUGGGCCCGAUAUCACGUGA